AUGGCUUCAACUGUGUCUCUACCCAUCUACAUGCUCUUUAGCCUGAUCAUAACGUUGAUAAUGGCAAACCGGGGGAUUCUCUCCGUUCUGCUCGAACCCCCCGUGACUCGACGACAGUCCCUCGAGCGAGUCGCCUUCUCCGCAACGAUCAUCCAGCUUGCCACAUACCUCUUCGACAAAAAGGUGCUGUUCGAACCGUUUCUGACCGACAGACAGACGACGACUCCUGCCGAAAAGACCCUGUGUGUCCUUUUCUAUGCGUGCACCGUGACCGCCAUGACCAUGGCGACGGGCGUCGGUCUGCUCGCAACGGCCAAGCUGUUCGGCCGCAACACCAUGUGGCCAACUUACGCGUCGCGCAUCGGGUGGAUUAUGUACAGGACGUACGUGUGCGUCUCGGGGUUGUCUAUCGGGCUGGGCGACGACUGGGUCCUUCGGUUCCCCUUUGAGCUGAUGGGGUGGAUUGCGUUCCCUUUCCUGCUGGAAUUAUGGAUCCCUAUACUCGAGACAUCAUAG